CUGCACAGGAAAUGCACGAGGUGCGUGGCUGAACCGAGGGUUGUAGCCAGUAUUCCUCAGAGAGAAGAAUGAGUAUGCUUCCCUGCAAGAGGUGAUGUGACGCAAGCAAAAGUGGGUGCAGUCUUGCUGGUCUCAUUGCAGAGCACUUCAGUGGGCUGUGAUUCUUGCUGGUAAUAAGAAAAAGCACAGCAGUUUCAUGAGAUGCUGUCAUGUUGUUGAAGCAAGGAGUUCUAGUGCACUUCUAGGGAUGUCCUCUGGCUUCUCAGGAAAAAACUCAGCCAGGCGGAGCUCCAAUGAACUCCUCAGAGGCUCUCGUGAGCUUUUUAGAGGGGGAUGGCUUGGCCGAGCAGUUUCUCCGCAUAGAGCGAGAGCAGAUCCUCCGCCUGAAGGAGCUCACCUUCCUUGAGCCUGUCCGGUAUGUUUACAACCCUCUGGAUUAUGCCUGGGAGCCCCAUCAAGACUAUGUGCGUAGAUACUGUCAGUCCCGCAAGGAGGUGCUGUUUCUUGGUAUGAACCCGGGGCCCUUUGGCAUGGCCCAAACUGGGGUGCCCUUUGGAGCAGUGCAGCUUGUCCGAGACUGGCUCGGUGUACACGGACAGGUGUUCAAGCCAGAAUGUGAGCACCCCAAGAGACCUAUCCGAGGUCUGGAGUGCCCCCAGACGGAGGUGAGCGGUGCCCGUUUCUGGGGCUUCUUCCGCUCCGUGUGCACCCAGCCCGAGGUGUUCUUCCGCCACUGUUUCGUUCACAACCAUUGCCCGCUGCUCUUUGUCAGUCAAAGUGGGCGCAACCUGACUCCAGCUGACCUGUCGGCUGCCCAGCGUGAACAGCUCCUGCAGGUCUGUGAUGAUGCUAUGUGCGAAGCUGUAAAGCUCUUGGGUGUCACUCUGGUGAUUGGCGUGGGCCGCUUUGCCGAGCAGCGUGCCCGCAAAGCUCUGUCAGCUGCUGGGAUCCCAGUGCGAGUAGAGGGGGUGAUGCACCCAUCGCCUCGCAACCCCCAGGCUAACAAGGGCUGGGAUGCCAUAAUCAGAGCAAAACUGGAGGAACUUGGUGUGAUGGCUGUCAUUGCAGAAUGAUUUACAGACAGAACCAAGAAGCGAGGAUGGGGGAAACCAUUGCUAGAUAUUGGUUGCCCUUGGGUGUCAUGGCCUCUGGACACGCCAGUAACUCUGGGCAUGCCAAUAACCAUGGAUUCAUUUUUAACAGGAUAGCUACUGCUUAGGGCUAAAACACUACAACUAUCCUAGUUGUCAACACUAACAUCGUCCACUUCCACUACUCUUGUCUGUAUUUCUGAGAAGUGCUCAUAAUCCACUUCUUCAGGUUCUUCUGAAAUCCCAGGCUGGACCUUUCCUGGGAUUUGGGUUUCAAAUCCAUCUCCAUGUAGUUUAUGUUUUGGUGCUAAACUUCAUUCGCGGUGAUAGCUCUUGCUGUAGUUGCUGCUACCCAGUUGAACGUUUCUGGCUUCUCCACAACUAAAUUCAUGACGGACAUUAAAGUUGGGAGUUUUGGCCAAUACUGUUCAACCUGGCUUUUUGCGAAACCUUUGGGUUUUUUUUGGCGGUGGGGGGGAGGCACAUGAAUAUAUUAAAGUGUCUUAUAUGGCCAUUGGUUUGACUAACCCAGGGGCAGCCAACGUGAUACCCUCCAGAUUUUGGGACUACAACUCUCAGCAUCGCUGAUCGUUGAAAUGGGGCUGAUGGGACUUGUAGUCCAAAACAUUUGGAGGGCACUAUGUUAGCUACCCUGGUCUAGCCCAUUGGUCUUUAGUUGGUGUGUCAAAACCCAGUGCUGAGUCACAGCUUGAUCUAAGAUGGGUCGCAGCAGCAACACUACUACCAUACACAUAUAUGGUAAAAACAUUACAAAAUGGGUCCCUAAAUGCAUGUUUGGGUUAAAGGUGGGUCCCAGGUUUGAAAAGGUUGAGGACUACUGGUUUAGUCCAGUUUUGUUUACGCUGACUGUCUGCAGCCCCCUAAGUUCUUUCAAGCCUCCACCUUUAAGUGGAGAUGUGGGGAAUUGCUUGAGAGACCUUCUUCAUGGAAACAUAUGCUCUGUCACCGAGCUACAGUUCUUUUAAAGUUCAGUUAAAUCAAGUGGGUAAUUGGGGAUCUAGACACUUCAGCAGUAUGGAAGCUGCUUCCCCAUGGCUACUUCCCAUGCUGCUCUAAUUGGGGUGCGCCCACCAAGAAGAAGACAUAGAGCUGCUACCAUGCCUUGACAGUAACGUAUGAGCCGGACCUUAGGGGUAUGUGUGUACAUUAGCCACGUUCUUACCAUGGUUUAGCAACUAGCACAAGGGUAAGGAAUCGCUGGUUUUUAGGACGGAUGUGGGUUUCCCCAUCUGGCCCUCAGCCUCCCCUCUUUCAGUGUUACAUCAUCACCAUCAUCAUUACACUUUAUAUACCACCGCCCACUUCAGGAAGAAAUACUAAAGUGGUAAGAACCAGGCCUGUGUAAGACACCUUCAUAACAGCUUGUUUCUGGUCCAUCAGCCGCAACCUGAUCUUUUAAAUUUGGUAUUCAAUUUAGCUUACUCAUUUUCACUUCCUCCUACUUUUGUUUCGAUCAUGAAAAAAACUCACAGAAAAUUGGGACAUUUGCUUCCAGUUUGUAUCCAACAGUAGCAGAUAUUUUGUACCAGUUUGAAACCAUUGUGGCUUUUCUUCAGCCAACUCAGUUUCAAGAGAGAGCAAUCCCUUGGAAUUAAUGUUUGGAUCUUCUGUUUAAUACAGAUAUGAUUGUUCCUUUUUUAAUAAAAAUCCAUGGUGCUUCUGGUGUCUUACUGUGGUUGAGAAUAUUCUGCAUUCCAUAUGCCUAUUAUGAUGGAAAAAGAAAAUAACAGAGUUGGCUUUGCUUCUGAAUACCAAGUGUUUAUUUUUGUUGUUGAUUAAAUUGGUAAGUUACCACACUCUCAAGGAAAGCUGUGCUUGUCCUGUCCUGUUCUUAAAAAUGUAUCAAGGGGUUGGUUAUACAUUUUAUUAAAAGUAACUUGAAUUUUGGAGGCACUUUUCAAUGGAUGAUGUUGAUAAAUGCUGGCAAAAGAGGGAUGUAGACCUUGUGUCCCUAUCACUGCCUGCCUUGAUGUCAGGAAACAACCUACAGGAACAAGGAAGCGGUUAAUUAAUUUGGCUCUGGACAAGACUGGUGCCCUGACCAGGGGAGGAACCAAAUAUCCCUUGUGAUAUAAAAAGAAACUCCAGAAGCCAAGACAUAAGCUUUGGUACAAAGCGUGAUAAAGUUCCUUACAACUGCAUUCCGAAAACAAGGCCUUGUUGCAUCCUGAAUCAAUGAUCAUUCUGUGCUGCUUGCUUCAGAUGAGGAUGGGUGUUGUAGUGCAGUUUCCUCAGCUCCAUGUUCUGAGAGGGCUUGAUGGUUUCCUUUCUGGAGGGGUCAUAUCCAGGUCAGAGAGAGCGAUCUACUGGAUAUUCAGGCCAGUUGUGGAAUAUGCGUUAUAACAGUGGUCUCUAAGAUGGGAACUUGGGGUUCAAAAAAAGGGGACCAGCAAGGCUUGGGCCUAGUCAGCUGCAGGCUAGCAGGUCCCCCACACAGGCCAAGAUUCUGCCUGUUGUGGCUUAGCAUUUGUAAUUAUCUCACACCACCCUUCACCUGUCCUGUAUGAAUAGCCAAGAUGGGAUUGAAGUGUGGCUAUUGUAGGCAGAAAUUCAAUUGGAAACAAUAGUGAUGAGCAGGGAGUAGGGGUCACCAUACAUCCAAAAUUGUCUUGGCCCAACCAGAAUCUUGAUAUUUUGGCCAAUUGCUAGAAUUGACAGAUUAAAAAGCUAGGAAAAAUCCGGUUGAGCCAUUCUUGCUGUUAAGUGAGCAUAGCUGUUGAUACAGUGUAAUCAUGUGAGCUAAGGCAUCUUAUGUGGGUGUUGGCUGCAUUUGUAAGCCUGGUCAGGACACCUCAGGCAGCACAUCAUCUGUGGGAGCACAGCCAGCCCAGUUGGACAGCUGAGGAUGAGGAAGAGGUGCAGGAAACCAGAUUCUGCAAUGCAACUUUAUGUCCUUAUAAGGAGAGCCCUGCUGGAUCAAGCCAAUGGUCCAUCUAGUCCAGCAUCCUGUUCUUACAGUUGCCAACCAGAUGCCUGUAGGCAGUCCACAAGCAGGACCUGAGUGCGGCAGCAAUCUCCCAACGUGAUUCCUAGCAACUGGUAUUCUGAGAGGCAUUAUGCCUUUGAUAUUGGAGGCAGAGCAUAGCCAUCAUGCCUAGCAGCCGCUGAUAGCUUUAUCCACUAUGAAUUUGUCUAAUUGUCUUUUGAAGCCGUCCAAGUUGGUGGCUAUCACUGACUCCUAUGGGAGCAAAUUCCAUAAGUACUUCAUUUUGUCUAGCCUAAAUCCUCCAAUAUUCAGCUUCAUUGGAUGUCCGUGAGUUCUAGUGUUAUGAAAGAGGGAGAAAAGACUUCUUGCACACCAUGCAUACCAUGCAUAAUCUUAUACAUCUCUUAUCAUGUCCUCCCUUGCUCUCUUUUUUUCUGAAUUAAAAAGCCUCAAAUAUCCUUGAUCAGGAAAUUGUUCCACUCCCUUGAUCAUUUUGAUUGCUCUUUUCUGAAAAAUUUUCCAGCUCUAUAAUACUCUUUUUGAGGUGAUGCAACCAGAACUGUACAUAGUAUUCGAAGAGUCGCUGUACCAUAGAUUUGUAUAACAGCAUGAUGAUGCUGGCAAUUAUAUUUUCAAUCCCUUUCCUAAUGAUCCCUAACAUGGAAUUUGCCUUUUGCACAGCUGCCACACACUGGGCUGACAUUUUCAUCAAGCUAUUCACCAUGACCCCAAGGUCUCUUCUGGUCUGUCACCACCAGUUCAGACCCUAAAAGGGUUAAUGUGAAGUUACAGGGUUUUUUUUGUCCCAGUGUGCACCAUUUUACAUUUGUUUAGUUCAAUGCUCAUUCACCCAGUUUGGAGAGAUCAUUUUGGACCUCCUCACAAUCCAUUUUUGUUUUAACCACCCUGAACUAUGUGAUGUCAUCGGCAAACCUGGCCACCUCACUGGUCAUGCCUAACUCUAGGUCAUUCAUGAACAAGUUUAAAAGCACUGGUUUCAAUACCGAUUAUUGAGGGACCCCAUUUUAAACAUAAUUCCAUUGGGAGAACUGUCCAUUUAUUCCCAUUUCUGGUUUCUAGUCUUUAAUCAAUUAUUGAUCCAUAAGAGGACCCCUCCUAUAAGCUUAGUCCUUGGUGAGGAAUUUUAUCAAAAGCUUUUUGAAAGUCAAAGUAUAAGAAUUCAAAGACAGUUCAGACAAGUGAGAAAAUAUUCCCUUCAGGGAAAAUACUUUUUUGGGGGUGGGGGUAGGAAUUCUGUAUAUGCUCAGAGGCUUUCGUGCCUAAAUACCAGAAUUUCUGUAAACAAAAUGUCACUACCACAGCAGGAAGACUAAACUGCUUCCAGGCACCUCUACCUACAUCCAGGACAAUUGUCCCAUUUAUUAAGCAGAUGGGUUGCCCUGGGUGCAGAAUUCCUUCCAAAUCUAUUAAAUAUGGUGGUGAAUGCUUCAAUUUUUCCUUUAAACAAAGCCAGAAAAAUUGCUUGUGCCUUCCCUCCCUAUGUUAAUGUAAAAUGCAUUAGGAGAUUUGCGGCUUGGAAGAUUUGUAACCUGCUGCUUCCUUAGUGCUUAUGUGUGUAGGGGGUGCAGGAGGUGUUGGGGAUGUCCUCCUGGCUCCCCUAUGCCUUUGAAGUCUCUGCCACAAGACAUGCAUCAGAUAUCCUGCACAGUCUUCCAAUUUAGGGGUAUAAACAUCUCUGCUUUAAUCCUGUAUCUUGAGAUGUAAUGUCGCCGAUAACCCAGCGCUGAGAGCUGCUUGUGCCAGUAUUUCUGCAGUUCUAAGUGCUGUCAGAGCUGGUGAUGGAUGGCCCAGAGCUGAGUGGACAAAAGCAAUCUGCACUCCCUUGUAACUCAAUCCACAGCUCUGAGAGCAGCUGUCUCUGCAGCCGCUUAUCGGCUUCACUUCGGGAUGCCUGGGGAGACCAAAUCGCAAAGCGCCUUGGUGCUUGUAGGGAAAGUUGAGUUGAGUACAAAAAAAACCCUCCAGGGAGUCUAGUAAAAUCCACCUUGCUGCAAUUGAUCACAGUGGAGAACCGAAUACAGCUUUUUACUUAGCAUUUGAAGCUUUUUCUAUGGAGUCCUGGGAAUCAGGGCUUUUAAUUAAUUACAAGACAAGUUUAUAGUCCUCAUGGUUUUUGGAGGGGAAAAAAAAAACCCAACCACCUUGAUUAUUGUGGAGAAACUCCCUGUGAACUGUAGGGACUUUUUUUCUGGAACAAGAGUAGACUGUAACCCCCUGUAUGUAGUGGUUUCCUGGUCCAUUAAGUGAGAAAAUAAAUUUCAGCUAAGUAAGAAAUAUACAUGUAAGAGACUGACACCUUAAUUAAUUCAUAUGGCAUAGCUGUGAGAAUGGCUUUUCCCUAUGUUAAAGCUGCAUUCUUGUUGCUGAGCUUGGUAGAAGCCAUUUUUAAGGACCUUUAUUUCAUUCCAGACGUUUGAAGUGCAAAUAUAUUUCCUUUCCCAUAAAAUGUUAGCUUUAGAACUUUCUGGACUGGACCCUAGAUCUCACUGGCUGUUCCAGUCUUGGUUUAAUCUGAUACUCCAGAGGUAUGAGGAAGUCAAGACACCUCCAGUUCUAUUUACCUAGUUCACUCCUUGGUGGCUGGUUUGUAUUGCUUUUUUGGUACCAGGAGGAGGUGCAGCAUCUCAAAUGGAUCUCACAGAUAUAUGAGUAUUGGCAUCUGUAUUGGCAUUGUGCCAGCUUUUGAAGACACACCUGUUUACACACGCAUUCCCUUGAUCUUGAUCUGAGUCUCCUGUUUUAAUUGCUAUGUUCUUUUAAUGGGAUUGUUUUAUGGUGUAUUUUAAUUAUGGAUGUUUUCUAUUUUAGUGUCUAAUGGGUUUUUAUACUUUGUAAAUUGCUUACAAGCCUAUUUUGGCAUUGAA